AUGGACAAGCAUUGUGAACACUAUGGUCCAAGCCGCGGUUUGAGCAGGAUUCAAUACAACUUUACCUGUUUACCUCCUAGAUACCUUCAAUUGGGGCCCAUCAUCAGUGGGAUCAAUUUUCCUUGCUCUCCAGGUCCCUAUCGUCUUUCUCUCCCCAUUCUUGGUUGGGUCCGAGAUCGUUUCGGGGUUCGAUACCUGACGACAGCAGGCUGGGUUCUCUUUUGCCCCUUACUGUGCUGCUUGGGUGUUCCUGGAAGAGUGAUAUCCUCGGCUAGUGACAGCCGUAGAACCGAGAAAGUCUCCUUUAUUGCAUGCAUAUAUGGCAUUGGAUUGGUCAUGCCUUUCGUUUAA